AUGAUCCGCGUCUUCAUUCCCAAGUUCCGAAGCAUCCACCAUCUCGUGGUCAUCCUCCUCAUAGUCUGGAUCGGCACCUUCGCCUACCACGAGCGGCUUGCACCUGGCUCGGCUGCCAGGCAUUGUCUGUGGCCUGCCGUGCAAGCGCCCACCAACGUGCUUCUCGUGGCCGAUCCCCAGCUUAUCGAUAAUCACACCUACCCAGGGCGGUUUGGGCCCCUCCUCACGCUCUCGCAACAUACAGUGGACGCCUACCUCAAACGCAACUACAAGGCGCUUCUCACGUCCUUGAAGCCCGACUACGUGGUAUUUUUGGGUGAUCUUUUGGACAACGCUCGAGAUUCCUCCGACGCCUACUUCGCCAACGAGCACAGACGGUUCCAGGGUAUCUUCCAGACACCCUACCCCUACCAGCAGGGCAGUAAUUUGUUGUUGAACACUCCAGGAAACCACGAUAUAGGCUUUGGUGACGGUGUCAACCAGGCAGCACGUACGCGCUUCAUCAACACUUAUGGAGACGUGAACACCGUCACCACCAUCGCAGACGUGGACUUCUACUCGCUCGACUCCCUCUCGUACUCUGCAGACGCAGUCGAAAUCAACCACGAAGCCAGGGCCUUUGUUGGAAGCGUGGGACCCAAAAGCAGGCCCAGAAUUCUAUUGAGCCAUGUGCCGUUGUACAGGGACUCUGCCAAAAGCUGUGGCCCCUUGAGAGAAAGCGCAUACAUGGAUGUCGCUGGCCACGGGUACCAAUACAAAAACAAUCUAGACCAAGAGCUUUCUCGUACCCUCAUCCAGAACAUCCAGCCAGACGUGAUAUUCUCCGGAGAUGACCAUGAUUACUGCGAUAUCGUGCACGCGCCUGUGGAUGGUCUUGAAACCAGAGAAAUCACCGUCAAGUCCAUCAGCAUGGCCAUGGGAAUUAAGUAUCCUGCCGUACAGUUGCUCUCCUUCAACUCGAAUACCACAUUGACCUACGACACCCAGAUAUGUUACUUGCAGACCCCAUACAUCAAUGUGGCUAACUACAUAUUUUUGGCGGUUGCAACUGGGUUAUUGGUCCUCUUGUGGAACAUCAAGCAAAAGUCUCCUAGAUACACCUACUCGUCGAUUCUUCCAAUGACUGACGAAUACAAACCCUCGGCGAACGCUAGAAAAAUAUCCAACUUCCUCAAGGAGCAAGACCAGCUUGAUGUCCCGGAUGGCCCUACGCGAACUAACUCAUCUUCCUACUACUUGUAUUCGUCCAAUUCCUACACUACCAAAUCAUCCUCAAAUUCGGGGUUGUCAAAUAUUUUCAGUAAAGCAAAAACCGCCAUCACUGUGUUUGUGCGCAAGUGGAACCUACUUCCUUUCUUCAAGCACUCCAUGUUGCUAGGCACCUUGGUGAUCUGCAUCUACUACUUCGGGUUCAUCCUUACCUUGUGA